AUGAUGUAUCCUGAACCUUCUGAUCUUGAUAAUCCAUCAUUCUAUCUUUGUGUGGACUUCAAGAACCCAGAACUUGUUAAGGAAGUGCAUGUUCCAGUUUACCCUCAACCUGAAGACACAAUUUGUGUUUUGGGUGCAGAAAACCAGGAAUGGUUUGCUUUGGUUCAACAAGUUGACAAUGAGGAAAGAACAGCAGUUGUCAAAUGGUAUUCAGAAACAAGACGUCCAGGUAUCUGGAUCCUGAUGAAUCAAGAAGAUGAA